AAGAAGGAGGAGGAGGCUGCGUCGGCUCUGUACGGCUCCGCUCUCUUUUCCUGCGCCGUCCCCGGGCCAGAGAGGGGAACCGCCGACAUGGUGAAGGAACAGUUCCGCGAGACGGACGUGGCCAAGAAGAUAAGCCACAUCUGCUUUGGGAUGAAGUCUCCAGAAGAGAUGCGACAGCAGGCUCACAUCCAGGUGGUUAGUAAAAACCUAUACAGUCAAGACAACAAUCAUUCACCUCUGCAGUAUGGUGUACUGGACCAUCGAAUGGGUACAAGUGAGAAGGAUCGUCCAUGUGAAACUUGUGGAAAGAAUCUGGCGGAGUGUUUGGGUCAUUAUGGCUACAUUGACCUGGAGUUGCCUUGUUUCCAUGUGGGGUACUUCAAAGCUGUGAUAGGCAUUUUGCAGAUGAUUUGUAAGACCUGUUGCCGUAUCAUGCUGACCUUCGAAGAACAGAAACAGUUUUUGGAUUAUCUGAAGAGACCUGGCUUGACCUACCUCCAGAAACGGGGUUUGAAAAAAAAGAUCUCUGAAAAGUGCAGAAAAAAGAACACCUGCCCAUAUUGUGGGGCUUUUAAUGGUACUGUAAAGAAGUGUGGCUUACUGAAGAUAAUCCAUGAGAAAUACAAGACGACAAAGAAGAUAGUGGACCCCAUUGUGUCUAACUUCAUACAGUCCUUUGACACCGCUAUAGAACAUAAUAAAGAGAUUGAAUCCCUACUGGGGAAAGCCCAGGAGAACUUGAAUCCUUUAGUGGUUUUAAAUAUCCUAAAGAGAAUUCCCGCAGAAGAUAUCCCUCUGCUUUUGAUGAACCCCGAAUCUGGCAAGCCUUCGGACUUGAUCCUGACACGACUCUUGGUCCCCCCGCUCUGCAUUAGGCCAUCCGUGGUGAGCGACUUAAAAUCCGGCACCAACGAGGAUGACUUAACGAUGAAGCUGACGGAAAUAAUUUUCCUCAAUGAUGUGAUCAAAAAGCAUAGAAUAUCAGGAGCCAAAACUCAGAUGAUAAUGGAGGACUGGGACUUCUUGCAGCUGCAGUGCGCUCUGUACAUCAAUAGUGAACUCUCUGGCAUUCCUCUCAACAUGGCACCCAAGAAGUGGACAAGAGGCUUUGUUCAAAGACUGAAGGGAAAGCAGGGUCGGUUUAGAGGAAACUUGUCUGGAAAGCGAGUGGACUUCUCGGGCAGAACAGUGAUCUCACCUGACCCAAACCUGCGCAUUGAUGAAGUGGCUGUGCCUGUUCAUGUUGCAAAAAUACUAACGUUUCCUGAGAAGGUGAAUAAAGCUAACAUCGACUUUAUGAGGAAACUUGUUCGGAAUGGUCCAGAGCUUCAUCCUGGGGCCAACUUCAUUCAGCAGAGGCACACACAGAUGAAAAGGUUUUUGAAAUAUGGAAAUCGUGAGAAGAUGGCUCAGGAACUGAAGUAUGGGGACAUUGUGGAGAGGCACCUCAUAGACGGCGAUAUAGUCCUGUUCAAUCGACAACCCUCUUUGCACAAGCUCAGCAUCAUGGCUCAUAUAGCUAGAGUAAAACCGCACCGGACUUUCAGAUUUAAUGAAUGUGUCUGUACACCAUACAAUGCUGACUUUGAUGGUGAUGAGAUGAAUCUUCAUCUUCCUCAAACCGAAGAAGCCAAAGCAGAAGCCCUUGUUCUGAUGGGGACUAAAGCAAACUUGGUAACACCAAGAAACGGAGAGCCCCUUAUUGCUGCAAUUCAGGAUUUUCUUACAGGGGCUUACCUCCUCACCCUCAAGGACACUUUCUUCGAUCGAGCUAAAGCUUGUCAGAUUAUCGCUUCUAUUCUGGUUGGCAAGGAUGAGAAAAUAAAAGUUCGCCUCCCACCGCCAGCAAUUCUCAAGCCUGUAACCCUGUGGACAGGAAAGCAGGUCUUCGGUAUCAUUCUGAAGCCUAGUGACAGUUGUCCUGUCAAAGCCAACCUUCGAACCAAGGGCAAGCAGUAUUGUGGCAAGGGAGAAGACUUGUGCAGCAACGAUUCCUACGUUGCAAUCCACAAUAGUGAGUUGAUGGCUGGCAGCAUGGACAAAGGAACUUUAGGGUCCGGAUCCAAGAAUAAUAUCUUCUACAUUUUGCUGAGAGAUUGGGGACAAGUGGAGGCAGCUGAUGCAAUGUCACGGCUAGCCAGGCUUGCUCCUGUCUACCUCUCUAAUCGAGGAUUUUCAAUUGGAAUUGGCGAUGUGACUCCAGGACAGGGGCUGCUGAAGGCAAAGGAUAAACUUCUGAAUGAUGGGUACAAGAAAUGUGAUGAAUAUAUUGACGCUUUGAAGACUGGCAAACUGCAGCAGCAACCUGGCUGUACUGCAGAAGAGACAUUAGAGGCGCUGAUUCUGAAAGAGCUGUCUGUGAUCAGAGACCAUGCUGGCAGUGCCUGCCUUCGAGAACUAGACAAGAGUAACAGCCCCCUCGUCAUGGCUCUUUGUGGUUCAAAAGGCUCCUUCAUUAACAUCUCCCAGAUGAUUGCCUGCGUAGGACAGCAGGCUAUCAGUGGCUCACGUGUGCCUGACGGCUUUGAGAACCGAUCCUUGCCUCAUUUUAAGAAGCAUUCCAAGCUUCCAGCAGCGAAAGGUUUUGUUGCCAACAGUUUCUAUUCUGGCUUGACGCCCACCGAGUUUUUCUUCCACACCAUGGCUGGUCGAGAAGGCCUGGUUGAUACUGCUGUAAAAACAGCGGAAACGGGAUACAUGCAGAGACGACUGGUAAAAUCACUUGAAGAUCUGUGCUCACAGUAUGACCUGACUGUCCGGAGUUCUACCGGUGACAUCAUACAGUUCAUUUAUGGUGGAGAUGGCUUAGAUCCUGCAGCUAUGGAGGGAAAAGAUGAACCUCUGGAGUUCAAGCGUGUCCUGGACAACAUCAGAGCAGUGUAUCCAAGCCGAAGUGAGCCAGCACUUAGUAAAAAUGAAUUGGUGUUAACGGCUGAAUCCAUCAUGAAGAAGAACGAAUUCCUUUGCUGCCAGGACAGCUUCCUACAGGAAAUAAAAAAAUUCAUCAAAGCUAUGUCCGAGAAGAUCAAGAAAACCAGGGACAAGUAUGGCAUUAAUGACAACGGCACGACAGAGCCGUAUGUUUUAUACCAAUUGGACCGGAUUACUCCAACCCAGCUGGAGAAGUUUCUAGAGACCUGUAGAGAGAAGUAUAUGAGGGCACAGAUGGAACCUGGCUCUGCAGUGGGAGCUCUUUGCGCUCAGAGUAUUGGAGAGCCUGGCACACAGAUGACUCUGAAAACUUUCCAUUUUGCUGGGGUUGCCUCAAUGAACAUCACGCUAGGAGUGCCGAGAAUCAAAGAGAUCAUCAACGCCUCCAAAGCCAUCAGUACGCCAAUUAUCACAGCCCACCUUGACACGGACGAUGAUCCAGACUUUGCCCGUUUGGUUAAAGGAAGAAUAGAGAAGACACUACUGGGAGAGAUUUCGGAGUACAUUGAAGAAGUUUUCCUCCCUGAUGACUGUUUCAUUCUUGUCAAGCUUUCGUUAGAGAGGAUUAGGCUGCUGAGGCUGGAAGUUAAUGCGGAGACUGUGCGGUAUUCUAUUUGUGUCUCGAAGCUGAGAGUGAAGCCUGGGGAUGUAGCUGUUCACGGUGAGGCCGUUGUCUGCGUUACUCCCCGAGAGAACAGCAAGAGCUCAAUGUACUAUGUCUUGCAGUCUCUGAAAGAAGAGCUACCAAAAGUGGUUGUGCAGGGUAUCCCAGAAGUGUCUCGCGCUGUCAUUCAUAUCGAUGAGCAGAGUGGGAAGGAGAAGUACAAGCUGCUGGUGGAAGGUGACAACCUGCGAGCUGUCAUGGCCACGCAUGGAGUCAAGGGAACAAGGACUACUUCGAACAACACUUACGAGGUCGAGAAAACCUUGGGCAUUGAGGCUGCCCGGACCACCAUCAUCAAUGAGAUUCAGUACACUAUGGUAAACCAUGGUAUGAGCAUUGACCGGAGGCAUGUGAUGCUGCUGUCUGACCUGAUGACAUACAAGGGUGAGGUUCUGGGGAUUACUCGGUUUGGCCUGGCAAAAAUGAAGGAGAGUGUAUUGAUGCUUGCUUCGUUUGAGAAGACAGCAGAUCACCUCUUCGACGCUGCAUAUUUUGGGCAGAAGGAUUCUGUGUGUGGCGUUUCUGAGUGCAUCAUUAUGGGUAUCCCAAUGAACAUUGGAACUGGACUUUUCAAGCUGCUGCAUAAAGCUGACAAGGAAGCAGACCCCCCAAGAAGGCCUUUAAUUUUUGACAACCCCGAUUUCCAUAUUUCCCUUACUACGUAGCAGCUGGAGAGCACCAAACAGCAAGCAGAUGGCAUAUUUUAAACUGGAGCUGCAUGCCUCUCUAAGUAGGGUUUGGAGGCUGGAUAAGUGAGAGAUCAUGAUGUGCGCAACUGAUCCACCACUGCUGCAGGCGUUUAUCUUUUGUGUACUUAAUCCGCAGUGAACUUCAGCUGAUGGCGUUUGGUUUUUAAAAGCAAUAAUUUUCCCUGCUACAUCAAAAACCUGUAACGUGGAUUGUGGGACACCAAAUCCCUAUGAAAGGGAAGGCGCUUAACGUUUUUGCCUGGAUUUCUGUCAGAAGCAUUAGUUAUAGUAAUAGGAAAGAUUUCUGCUGCCUCUACCAGCUGUGAUAAACAUCUGUCAGAGUGUCCAAAGUAAUUUCCAGUUGGAUUGAUAUCGAAUAGAAGGAAGGUUGUGUUUGCUGUCAUAUGUAGUGCAUAUCCUUUUCUGUUAAAGUUUGUUUCCCAAGUACACUUUGUGUGGCGACUUCUUAG